AUGGCAGAGCCAGUUCUCGCAGCCAAAGCCGAACAGGACUUGUUUAACCAACAUGGCGAGGAGGUGCAUGUGGUGUUGCCAUUUCUUAAUUAUAAUCGUCCAAAGCGUGAAGAUAACGAAAUUAUUGAUGUAGUGUCCCUCGAGGACGAGUUUGAUUCAUCUGAUGAAGAGAAUGGCUUGCCAUCCUACUGCCCGGACGAAUUAGAUUUCUACGAUCAAAAGCAUGGACAGAUUUUAAGGCGAAAUGGAGGAAAGAAGCAAUCAGCUGGACUGAGGACUAAAGGAAAAAGUCCACGAAAUUUGAAGGUAGCGCUUCCCUCGUCAAAAACAAUUUGCAAGCGCGUUUAUGACAGUGAGGCCGGUACAAGUUGUAAAGAACAGCGGAUUAAGAACUCGAGGAUAGAGAAUUCAAGAAUGAAGAGAGAAAAUAACACAAAAGCAAAGAAAGUGAAGGGAACUGGUGUGUCUGAGAGUGAGAAAAAACCUCUUUCAAGCUGCCUGAGGAACUCUGCAAAGAAAACAACCCCAGAAAGUAACGAAACUGUGAGCCCACCCUCCUUUUACAACAAUUCUGACUUUGUUCUCGGUUCAGGGAACAGUGCUUUUAAAUUUGAUGAUCAGUCAUUCAUCAAUCUGCUAAUUGAGCUUCAAGACCGUGAGAUUACUCCAGAGGAUUAUGACCUACUUGUCCAGUUGGAUUGUUCUGUUAAGUCUAAGACAUUAUCCAAGGCCAAGAUUGACAGUCUUCAGUCGGAUAAUGUAACAAUUGCAACAUAUGAUAUCUGUAGUAUUUGCAUAGAGGACUAUAUCUCUGGAGAAGUGAGGAGAUUUCUCGCCUGUGGUCAUCAUUUUCAUGAUCAUUGCAUAAGAACAUGGUUAAGCACCACAUCAAACAGAUGCCCUAUUGAUGGAAAAGAAGUUAGAUAG